GGCAUGGGGCCCUGGCUGCGCGCGGCCGGGCUGGUGCUGGGCUCCACGCUGCUCUUCAAGGCGCUGCAGCGGGGGCUGCGCCGCCUGCCCCUGCCCGCCCACGUGCGCCGGGACCCGACCCGCGCCUGGCGCUGGCGGAACCUGCUGGUCUCCUUCGUGCACUCGGUGGUGACGGGGCUGUGGGCCGUGCUGUGCGUGUGGCAGGUUCCUGAGAUGCUCGUGGACAUUGAAAACACCUGGUCCACUUCGGGAUACCUGCUUCUCUGCUUCUCUGCAGGCUACUUCAUCCACGACACGCUCGACAUCAUUGUGAGCCACCAGUCCCGAGCCUCCUGGGAGUACCUGGUCCACCAUGCCAUGGCGAUCUCAGCGUUCUUCUCUGGGAUCUUCCUGGGCCGCUUCGUGGCAGCAGGGAUGCUCUCGCUCUUCGUGGAGGUGAGCAACAUCUUCCUGACCAUCCGCAUGCUGCUGAAGCUGAGCAAUAUGCCAGCUCCCGCCCUCUACAGCAUCAACAAGUACGUCAACCUGGGGAUGUAUUUCCUCUUCCGCCUGGUGCCCCAGGCCUACCUGACCUGGUACUUUGUGCGCUAUGUGGAGGUGCGGGGUCAGGGAGCCUUCCUGAUAGUCAACCUCUUCCUGCUGGAUGCCAUGAUCCUGACGUACUUCUCCCGCCUGCUGCGCUCCGACUUCUUCCCGGACUCCUGCAGGCGGCGUGCCGGGAAGGACGCGGGCGGGGAGAAGUUCUUAGUGGACUGAGUGAAGGGGCAACACCUGUGGGGUCGUGCAGACCCCCCUGCAGUGGAGGGCUUGGACCUGGAGCGCUUUGCACCACAUGUGCCUUACAGCUGAGCUCCACGAGCACAGGGCUUUGCAGUCACUUAACGAAGCCUGUGCUUUGUGGCGCGUGGCCGAGCUGCACCCCACCCCCACACUGCUCCCAGGGGCUGGGGUCACAGCAGGCAAAGCAGGAGGAGAAGGAUGGAGCUGGUUGGGAAAGCGGGUUUAUCUUCCAUGUUGUGAUGGGAUGUUCCAUGCAUUAAAUACGUGUCUGUUUCCAA